CCGCCUGAGCAAAGGGGGAGGGUUCAGGAGGGAGCGCACUUCCGGUGCCCUUUCUGCCGCGCGUACCGCGGCCCCCGAUCCUCGUGUGCAGGGCGAGGUCUGUAAACUGGAGUGGGGUAGAGGCUGGCGGGCACCCCCUCCUGACCACCGGUGCCGCCGCCUUCAGGAGGAUCAGACAUGGCCCAGAACUUAAAGGACUUAGCGGGACGCCUGCCCGCCGGGCCUCGGGGCAUGGGCACGGCGCUGAAGCUGCUGCUGGGGGCCGGGGCCGUGGCCUACGGCGUCCGCGAGUCCGUGUUCACGGUGGAAGGUGGCCAUAGAGCCAUCUUCUUUAACCGGAUCGGCGGCGUGCAACAGGACACAAUCCUGGCCGAAGGACUUCACUUUAGGAUCCCCUGGUUCCAGUACCCCAUCAUCUAUGACAUUCGGGCCAGACCCCGAAAAAUCUCCUCCCCCACAGGUUCCAAAGACCUGCAGAUGGUGAACAUUUCCCUGCGGGUGCUGUCUCGACCCAAUGCCCAGGAGCUCCCCAGCAUGUACCAGCGCUUAGGGCUAGACUAUGAGGAGCGGGUACUGCCGUCCAUUGUCAACGAGGUGCUCAAGAGUGUGGUGGCCAAGUUCAAUGCCUCACAGCUGAUUACCCAACGGGCCCAGGUGUCCCUGUUGAUCCGGAGAGAGCUGACGGAGCGUGCCAAGGACUUCAGCCUCAUUCUGGACGAUGUGGCUAUCACCGAGCUGAGCUUUAGCCGAGAGUACACAGCUGCUGUAGAAGCCAAACAAGUGGCCCAGCAAGAAGCCCAGCGGGCCCAGUUUUUGGUGGAAAAAGCCAAGCAGGAACAACGGCAGAAGAUCGUGCAGGCCGAGGGGGAGGCCGAGGCUGCCAAGAUGCUUGGAGAAGCACUGAGCAAAAAUCCCGGCUAUAUCAAGCUCCGAAAAAUCCGGGCCGCCCAGAACAUCUCUAAGACGAUCGCCACGUCACAGAACCGCAUCUAUCUAACAGCUGACAACCUUGUGCUGAAUCUCCAGGACGAAAGCUUUACUCGGGGAAGUGACAGCCUCAUUAAGGCUAAGAAGUGAGUUGUGGACCUCAAGAGCUCCGCCAGCAGAGGAGUGGGUGCAUUUCUCAUCCAGUUUUGAGGAGCCGGCUAGGGAGGUCAAGCACACCCCACCCUGACCCAAGCAUCAUGUGAUGGAUUCCUCUGUACUUGUCCUCUUGGAUUAAGGAAGACUGAAGACCAACCCUUUCAGAGGACUUUCUUCCUCCUUGUAUUGGCCUGAGGGAGGGGGGACAGUGUGAUUCUCAGUGACUUCCUCCGGUGUUGUCCCUUCCCCUGAGUGGGGGAGAUAACCACCAUCCCAGAAGUUCUCAAUAAAAUUUUUAUUAAACUGAA